AUGACGCCCAACGUCACCACGCUCUACUACCGCACCAUCAACACCGUCGCCCGAACCCGGCUUGGCGCCCGCCACUCUGCCCCUCUCUACAUCUUCAGCGCCGAAUUCGAGUCAAUGGUCCAGCAUGUGACCCGAGGCGAUUGGACUUCCUUCGCGCAGGCUCGUGGGGCCAACGAAGCCAAGGUUGAUGGGGUGGUCGUCUGCGCGAUCCUGGCGCACAAGGUCGCAAAACAGCUGAAGGAGGCAUUGAAGCCAACAGGAGUUCAAUUUUUGCACGUAGCAGACUUUCUGGCUAGGCAUGUCGAGACAGAACUGCCAGAAGUCAAAACCCUCAGCCUCAUCGGACUAAAAGUCACCAUGCUGAGAGCAAAUAACCUAGACUUCUUUAUCGGCUAG